AUGUUGGAGCGGGAUCUCGAAUUCCGUAACGGUGAGAUUCUCACGGUACACUUCAAAUAUGAGAAACUGGACUGCUACUACAAGCGAUGCUACCGCCUAACUCACGACAAACACUCAUGCCCUGAGAGACCGCUAGCUCGACAAUCUCGAGGCUCUCGGCGUUAUGAAGGAGAUCGGCGGCGCAAGGAUGAGCAAGUUGGCGUAGCUCAAGGCGCUGCUCGGGAUCGCAGACAUCACCAUCGCCAAGAAGAGAAGGAGGAGAUCGACGGCAGUUUAGUGCUUCUGGCGAAGCAACAGGUCCGGCGGAAUCUGUUUGGUGGAGCAGAAUCCUUAGCAGUUCAUGACCUGAGGGAACAGAGCCCUUUCGAUGCACCUGCACAAACCUGGGCUCGGAAAACUGGUCUUUCGGGUGGAGAAGAUAAGGCGCUUGGCAAGCGACCGAGGGUGGAUCCGACAGGGGAUUCUCCGGUGGAUUAUCCGGCGAGGAGGACGGAUCGAACAGCUCGGAGACGUAAUGCAGCUCCUCCAUCCGAAGUGCUGCCGACGGGGAAACCCGAGGCGUAG